CCAUGCCUCAUGCAUCUCCUGCACUGGGAAUGUUUGGGAAGCCCCAAACAUUCUACUUAGGUAAGGUCAAAUGACCUGAGAGACUUACCAUUUUCAAAGUUUUUUCCCUUGUAUUGUACUUUCCUUGUCAUUGAAAGGUCCAGACUCUCUCUACACCAUAUAAUUUGUUUAGCAUAUAACACUUGUCAGUAUUUAAUAUUAUUAAUUUCCUCAAAAAUCAAAAUCCAUCUCAUUCAUUCCUCAUUUCUUUCACUGAUUAAGUUUGUUACAUGCUUAGCUGGUGUCUGGGACUGAUAAUCCAAAACCUUUGCCUCACACAUUCAAAAGUCUAGUGGUGAAAAUAAUAUAAUGAAAUAAUUGCAGCCUUAUGGGGAGAAUGUUUGAUUAAGGUCUGAUGGGAGUACAGUUGAGAAAAGAUCUGCCUUGGAAGUGUGAGAAAUGGUGGACUUUUAGCCAGAUAUCAGACAAUGAGGAAUGAGUAGUAGUAGCAAGAAUCAAAGAAAGUGCCAGAGGACUCAAGAUGCACACACAGGUGGGGUAGGAAAAAACAAAAAACAUCUAAAAGUUCCCAAUGGAACUUAAGAUAUUCCCCAAAAUUAAAGUUUGUGUACCUAUGGGAAAUGGAGACAUGAGCCUCAAGAAGCUGAUAUGGACACACACAGUUUUAAAUGGUUCUAUGACUGGAAAUGCUAUUUAAAAACAAAAGGUAGAGACAAAAGCAAAGACUGGGCAAACAUUGCCACUUUUAUCACAGAAAAUGUUUUCACAGCCACAAAUGAUGAGAUAACCUAAGAAAAUAAUUACAGAAAUUAAGGUGCAUAGAGCACAGAGCUGGAACCAAGAUGUAAUUAUCUAAAAAAGGAGUGAUCACUAAUUAUUUCAAAUGGGGAAGAGGAAAUUAUGUUCUUAAAAUUCAUGGGGAAAAUUCAUACACAAAGUUCUCUGUUCCACCAUUAUCCUAUGAAGGGAGCCCCAGAGAAAUCAUCCCUGGAGGGAAAGAUACACAGAGUGGAAUUCCUGGUACAGAGUGUACUUAUCCUGUGAUGGGGAGUGGGAGGGGUAGCGGAAAGCCUAGUGGGUGUGGCCUUGCGUGGCGUCCAAGAUGACGUCACAAACAUCAACCGUACCCAACGGCACCGUGGGCUGAACUGGCGCCAGAGACAGCUGCGUCUGGUGAGGAAGCUUGCCCUUUGUACCCCUAAGGUAAAAGCCAUGGGAGCACUAAACAGUCGGAUGCCCUGGAACAGAGUGGGGCAUGCCCCAGACGAGCCAGGUGCCCCUGAGGGGGAGGAGGAGGCCGAGGAGGCAGUGAUAGAGGAGGGGGAGGAGAAUGAAGAGGCCAGACCCAGCACUAGUCAAGGGCGCCACAAGCGGAAGACAGGCCCAGAAGGGCAGCUCGCAAAAGCGCCCCACCGGAAGCGAGCAAAAGACAGUUUAGAGUCCAUUUAUGAGACACUUUUUCUGAGAGGAGAAGGGAGUGACGUGCAGAUCCGUGCCCUGGGGGAGGAGUGGAACUUGCACAAGGUCUACUUGUGCCAGUCAGGAUACUUUGCUAGCAUGUUCAGUGGUGCGUGGCGUGAGACAUCCAUGAAUACUGUAGAGUUGCAGAUGCCUGACGAGAACAUUGAUUGUGAGGCGCUACACGAGGCUUUAGGUUCCCUGUACCGAGGCUCUGUGCUCGUCCCACCCGGUCGAGUGGUCCCCAUGCUGGCCACAGCCAGCAUGCUGCAGCUGGACAAGCUGAUUCGGCAGUGCGGAGAGAUAAUGAAGGAGACCGUCAGUGAUCAGACCGUGUGCAGCUACUACUACUCUGCUGAGAGCUAUGGACUCCAGAACAUCAGGGCCAUGUGUCUUCAGUGGCUGCUGGACAACCUGAUGACCCAGCAUAAUGAGGAGUUAUUGAGAGAAGUUAGCCUGGAUCUCAUGAAAGAGGUCAUUGCCUCUUCAGACCUCUUCGUGAUGGAGGUAGAGAUGGAUGUGUAUACGACGCUGAAAAAGUGGAUGUUCCUGCAGCUGCAGCCGACAUGGAGAGGCCCCCGCAGAGACCUACUGCCUGAUGCCAACUCGUGGUUUGCUGGGUCCAGGCAGGAGUCAGAAGGCACCCCUUUUUUGGAGACCGAGCAGGGCAGAGCCUUCGUGCCAGCAUUCCAGCAGCUGCGGCUUGCCUACAUAAUCUGCGACCUGCCGUCAGCACGCAUCAUCGACCAGGAUGCGCUGAUCCCUGCUACCUGGCUGACCCCAGUGUACAAAGAGCAGUGGCUUGCCCUCCUCCGGGCUGAGCAGACCAGAGACCGCGGGCCCGUGGAUGUCUACGUGUCCGACCUCCAGAGGACCAGCAUGCGGUGUGGAGGCCAGCUCCUCAGGGAUGAGCAGUGCACCUGGCGGUGGGCAGGCUUCAACUUCGGCUGGGACUUGGUGGUGUGCUAUGCCAACCGGCGUAUCAUUUUCAAGCGCAGUGCACUGAACAACUCUUGCGGUCUCGGGGUCAGCUUACUCUGGCAGAGAAAGGUCGCGUUCCGCUUGCGCCUGGCCUCUUUGGACAGGGCUGGAAGAGCCAUUUUCCGGAAGGAGACAGAAUACCACGUGCUUUCCCUGGGAAAGGAUGAAGAGCUAGAGGUGAUGAAUCUAGAGAAUGAAGAUGUGGGUUUCCCCAUAUAUGUGACCUGUAAUUUCCUGUACCUCCCCGAAAGGGGCGUUUUUCUGAGUAAGGACUCCUGAAAACAAAAUCUCGGAGAGGUGAGCAGCUCUUUUCCUGGGGUCAGGGCGACCAGCUUUGUCCAGAUGCCAGCUCCUUCUUCGGGACCAACCGGACUUGCCCACCUCUGGUGGCCCAACUCUGUCAGUCUUUGUUGAACUGUAGCUCAUAAUAUUUGAGAUUGUUUACCUGAGCCUAUGAAGAGGAGAAAUUUUAAAGCUUCCCUCCCCCAACACCUUUAGAACUUAUUUGUGCUGUUAAUGUGGCAACCUGUCGUCCUGGUUUACCAUCCAUCAAUGCCCCCUCCCAUCAUUUCUGCAAAGUCAAAGACCAGCUGACUUUAGAGAGGAGCUGUGAACCUACCUACUCUAUUACUGUUAUUAAAACUCUUAAAAUAUGCAUUUCCUUUAGCUUGAUUAAAUGAAUGUUAAAGAAACAGUUUGGUUUCUCUGUCAGUUCAUGUGUUUAGAGCCGCUCUGCCCCACUCAUUACCACCACUACCACUAGCUUCUAGCUUCGUUUGGAUUGUUUCCCUUUCCCCAUUUCCAUGAUCUCUCACUAUGGAACACACCCAGGCUACACUGAUGAUCUUCUCUUUAUUGAUUGUUCCUCAAUAUUCUUAGGUUAGUUGACUUUAUAUCAUAUCUUGAUGU